CCCCUGUCCUCUGCCCUGCCAGCAGUAACCCCUGUCCUCUGCCCUGCCAGCAGUGUCCCUGUCCUCUGCCCUGCCAUCACAGUGACCCCUGUCCUCUGCCCUGCCAGCAGUGACCCCCUGUCCUCUGCCCUGCCAGCAGUGACCCCCUGUCCUCUGCCCUGCCAGCAGUGACCCCCUGUCCUCUGCCCUGCC